GUUGCUGAGCAGCUGCUGUCUGACCACUGGAAGAAAAACAACGCGGAGCUCCGGGAGGUGGAGUCGGAGCUGCACAGGAAGCAUGUGGUAGAGGCUUGGAGUGAUCAGCUAGCGCAAAAAACCAAGCAAGAAGCAACUGAACUUGAAGAGAAAAAACGUUACAAAAACGAAUAUGAAAUUGCGCGAAGGGAAGCGCUGGAAAGAAUGAGACAAGAGGAAGAGAAGCGUCGGCUGGAAGAGAAGAAGCAAGCGGAGAUGUUGGUUCAACAAAUAGAAGAACUGAAAUUACAGGAGACAGAGGCAACAAAGCUGAAAAAAGAACAAGAGAAUUUAUUAAGGCAGCAGUGGGAGCUGGAGAACUUGGAAGAAGAAAGGAAACAAAUGGAAGAGCACCGGAAGAAGAACGAACUUGGCCACUUUUUGAGGCAUCAGUAUAAUGCCCAGUUAAAGAGACGAGCUCAGCAGAUACAAGAGGAGCUGGAGAUAGACAGGCAAAUCUUAUUAGCCCUCCUUGAGAAAGAAGACGAGGAUCAGCGCUGCCAGUCUGUACGACAAGAACAAGCUGUUGCAGAUGUUGCCUGGAUGAAACACGUCAUUGAGGAACAACUCCAGUUGGAAAAGGAGAGGGAAGCAGAGCUACAGACUGUUUUUAGAGAAGAAGCUAAAAAACUGUGGGAGAAGAUGGAAGAAGAAUGGGAAAGAGAGACGGCGGCCAGAGAUCAUCUGAUGAAUGAGGUCCUUGCAGGCAGACAGCGCCAGAUCCAAGAGACGAUGGAGUUAAACAGACAAGCCCAAGAAGAGUCUAUAAAGCAUCGAGAGCAGCUGAUUAAAGAACUUGAAGAGGCAAAAGAACUGACUAGGCAAGAGGAGUGGGAGGAGGAACUGAAGACAGCCCGCCGGCAGGAGUUAGAGGCACAGCUGACAGAACGCCGCUUCCGAGAGGAGGAGCAGCAGCACCGGAGGGAGGAGGAAGAAGAGGAGCGAUGGGCCCGGCAGCGCUGUGAGGAGCUGGUGGAGCGGGAGGCCAAGCGCAUGGCUGAGCGAGGCUACGGCAGCAAGAACAGGAACUGCAAAGCACUGUGUGCUGCAUUUGCCAUUGAAGUGUCGGAGAAGCGGGACCGGCCUCGAUACCCAGCUGGCUUUUAG